CCUCAGAGUUGCUGCUCGCGCACUGCUCGCGUAACAGCACCCCAUUGCACCCUGCAUCGGUUUCGAGGUCGCCUCUGAAUCCUCAACCCAAUAUAAUUGCAACGCGCUGCACGCCGUCGACGCCACAGCACAAACAACACCUGCAACCCCGCAGCACCACCAUGAAGCUCAUCGCAGCGCUGCUCCUCACGGCGGUCCAUGCCAAAUUAGCACCCGUGCAUCUCGCGAAGAAGAGCGGCGUCAAGGCCGUGCAAGCCAUUGAUCUGGGCGGCGGCAAGAAGGCGUCCGGCGGCUACGGCCAGUGGGCUAAGGAUAAUGCCGCGGCGAACGGUAUUAUUAUUGGCGCCUUCAAGACGGCGGCCGCCGAUUUGAUGGCCCAGGUCUCGGACAGCGAGUCCGACUUCGACCUGAAGCGCAACCUGUUGUUCUUCGCGUUCGGCGGCGCGUACCUCGGCGCGUUCCAGUACUGGUACCAGGUCAACAUCUUCAAGCGCAUCUUUACCGCUACUGAGAGAUUCACCUCCCAGUCGUUGGAGAAGAAGCUCAAGGACACGGAAGGUUUAAUACAAUUGGCGAUGCAGAUCGCGUUGAACCUGACCAUCUUAUCCUGUGUGUACUUACCCACGUUCUACCUCUUCAAGGCCGUCUUCUUCGGCGACUGCGGCUUGGCGUCGUGCUUCGGCGAAUCCUGGGGCACUUAUACGGACAACUUCGAGAACGAUCUCGCACCAUUACUGAAGUGCUGGGGCCCCGCGGACCUCCUCUGCUUCUCGGUACCUCUAUAUCUCCGCAUCCCGAUCCGCCACGUCGUCAGCUUCUGCUGGACGAUCUACUUCUCCAUCGUGCAAUCGAAGAAGUAGGCGUCGCGCGCGCGAGGCUAAGUUAUCAAGUCAUCUA